AUGAGGGGCUUGCUGGUGUCCCAUACCAGAGCUCUCCUCCGAUCCUUCAGCUCCAGCGCCAGAAACCUCUUUCAGAACAAAGUAGCAGAGAAACAGAAACUCUUUCAGGAAAACAAUGAUCUCCCAGUCUACCUGAAGGGUGGGCCCACAGAUAGAUUACUAUAUGGCACAACCAUGGUCAUAGCCUUGGGAGGAACUGGUUAUAGUGUCUUUUUCUUGGGCUGGGCCUCCUUUCCCCAUUCGAAUAAAAAGUAA